AUGGAAGUCAGUGUUGACAAGCUUGGCAACGGGCUUGUUCAUGACGGGGUCCGCGAACGUACUGAAGUCCUCAACGUGGAUAGGUAUAUCGACGUCCUUCCUGCGCAUUGCGAUCCUGUACCCCUCCUACUCUCACUCGACGAUCAUCACUCUCUCCGUACUAUCAAGAUCACGGACCAGCCUUGGCGGCUUCACGCUAUCUUCUCCCAGCUGGUCAUCCCAGCACAUGUCUCUGCGGUCGAGGCUGUUGGCCUUGUCAGCGGCGACUGCGCCUCUGGUCUUCGGGCGAUGGUCCCUCGUGACAGGCAUAAUGUGCUCGUUCUGAGGCUGCCCACAUCCCUCCAGGUCUACGAUACCAUGGAACUGGGGACCGGGAUCUCUGCUAUAGGCUCGAAUGGAUGCCGGACCACGCUAAAGGUCAUUCCCGGCGACGAUAGCCCCUCUUGGGCUAUGAAGAAACGGCGCGGAGGCUCUCUCUUCCUAUCGCUGGUCCAGUGCCUUGAUCUCUUCGAAGGCGCUGCAGUCGAGCGAAUCGAGUUCUGCGGCACCUUGCUGGGAAUUCCUGAGGCCACAUGGAUCGCUACACUUGCCCUCUUUCCCGGGAUCCAGGAGAUCACGCUUAAGGACAUUCCCUACCCGGCGGACCACUCGUUUGACGCGUUUAUCUGCGCUCUGGCUGCCACGUCCGGCACUCUUCCAAGCCCGGGGCGAGUGCUCUGCCCUGACCUUGGGUCGCUUACUCUCCGUGGGCGGCACUACAACGACGAGUUUCCGGAAUCGCUCAUUCGUUGCCUCCGUAUGCGAGAGGAGCGGGGUGCGCGUCGCUUGGAGAGGCUACAGCUGGAGCUGUUUCCGGCUAUCCGCAACUGGAAUAAGGUCGCACCGGUGGCGCUCAGGGAGUUGCUCGUUCCUCUCGCCGAUGAACUCAAGCUGGAGGUGUUCCGCACGGGAGACCCACAAGGAGAGGUACUACGGGAUGCGGACGACUGGGACCCGGAAAAGGAUCGGCGGAGGACUCGGAGACGUCGGAGUCGUCGAGGGUAG